AUGCCUCCCUGCGUGUAUCCUGCGACAUACAAGGAGAAUCCGACACUGCUGUGCUUCAGCAUCGUGCAGAAGGACGGGUACGAGGUUGAUAUCAUUCGAGCGAUGAUUGAGCGCAAGGGCGGCAUCUUCUCUUGCGACGGGCAGGCAGUGCUGAGUGCGACCAAGCCUUGGUACAUCGGGGAGGUGAAAACCAUAGAGUUUGAGGAUGCAGCGGUGGGGAUCUCCAAGGACGGCACGGCAGGCAACACGCUACUCUUUAUGAAUGCGUGGCGUUCGCUGAAAGAGAAUGUGGAUCUUGAGGCGUACGACUGGAUCGUGAAGGUCGAUCCGGAUGCUGUCCUCAUUCCUAGCCGCCUGCAGCGUCACCUGGCUUCCCUCACAGGAUCGCGGCACUACGUGAGAAACUGCAACUUGUACCCAGACCAGCCCGACUUCCCUAUGAUGUUCGGGUCCCUGGAGAUCUUCUCGAAGCUCGCCAUGCGGGCGUAUUUCGAGGGCGAGGAAAGUUGCAAGCGGGAUCUGCACUGGCAGGAUUUGACUGGGGCGAGGACUACUUCAUGGGCCACUGCCUGGACUACCUCGGGGUCACGCCCGCCGACGACUUCUCCGUCAUCAGCGACGGCGUUUGCGCGGGCGCCGACUGCAUGGAUCCGAGGGCGGCGGCCUUCCACCCGUUCAAGUCGGCCGACAGCUGGGUCGUGUGCUGGGGCCUGGCCCAGGACGCAGGAGGCGCGCAGCACUUCGGCGCCCCCCAGGCGCAUCUCUGGGGCCACGCCCGUGGAGCUCCCGAAGGAGGCCGACGCCCCGCCGGCGCCGCCGCGGCCGCCCCCGCUGGAUGUUGCGGCGCGCGGCGCGGGGGACUUCGCGGCGGGGGGCCUCGCGCUGCCCUUCGGGGCCUGA